AUGGCGUCCAUUUUCCACAACAUCCGUAGCGGAAAACCCGAUGAUAUAAGUCUCAUCAAUUACGAGGAGCUAGAGCAGAAAUUCCACAUUCACAAGUACUAUCCCAAGUAUUUCCACAAUGAGCAAGCCUCUACUCCAGAUAUAAAAGAUCUCCUUUUUGAUAAACCGAUCUACUCCAAGGCUAACGAGCAUGUUAAGAACUGGGUCAACCCAGGCAUCCGGCAGACCUAUGAGACCGAGUUAGACUUGGAUAGUGGCAAGUUACAUAUCCGCAAAGAGAAUGUAGAACAGCAGAACCAAAAUCUCGGAGACCUCAAGCAAGAACGCAAACAACUCCGCGAGGACCAUAGACAAGAACGCAAGCAGUUGCACGAAGAGCAAAAGCAAGAACGCAGAAACUUACGAGAAGAGAGAAGAGGUCUGCGAGUAGAUCAACCGGACCCCAAGAAGGAUAAGCGGCGGGAGAAGCUUGAGAAUAAAUGGCUUAUGAAGGAAAGACUUCGGCUUAUCGAGUCGAAGCAAAAGCGAGACGACCCAGUAAUGUUCAAGAAUCCUUGGGGCAAUCAGGAGUCUCUUGAAAUGUAUAUCAAUACUCAGCAUAACCCAGAAACCGAGAGAAAGAAUAGUGUCACUCUGCGGUUGAUCAGCCUCAUGUCUAAUACUAGUGAUGAUUUGAAGUUGACCAAGACUAAUAGUUUUGACCAAACCAAGAGUGCAUUGACCAGCAAUAGAAAGAAGAGUUUAUUUCGAAAGAGAUACAGUGAACAACUAGGUACGUAUACUACUAAGCAUUCUAGGAAAGAGAGGGAAGAGACAAAAUGAAUGCCUCAAUUGACAAGAGAAGAUAACUGACAGAUUGGUGAAGACAAUUAUAUCCGUCUUUGUUUGCAGCAGCCAUCAUAUGGUGGCUGGACGAAUUUUCGCAU